UGGCCAGAAGGGGCGAUGCUGAGCUGGAGCGUGGAAAGAAACUGUGCGGACAUCCUGGUUUGUACCACUUAAAGGAAAAGCUCGAGCGAGCGGGAGGGGAAGACUGAGACACGUACCCGGGAGAUUGGUGCUUUUCCGGCUGUUUCUCGACAGAGGCGGAGCAAAGACAGGCAUCCCAACGGUUUGCAGGCGGCUAAUCGCUCGGAGCCAAGUUGUUUGGAGAAGGUGACUGAAAACUAAGCAUUUGAAAAUUUUGGGGACUAACAAAUCUAGCUCCAACAAGAUAAAAUCUGAAUUAAAUGGCUGAUAAACAGAUCAGUUUACCUGCCAAGUUGAUCAAUGGAGGGAUAGCUGGGCUCAUUGGGGUAACCUGUGUAUUUCCUAUUGACCUGGCGAAAACUCGCCUACAGAACCAGCAAAAUGGCCAGAGGAUGUACACCAGCAUGAAGAAGCUGACGUUGCUGAAGGAAAUGCUUGCUGGCUGUGGGGCUGGGACCUGCCAGGUGAUUGUUACCACUCCCAUGGAGAUGCUCAAAAUCCAGCUUCAGGAUGCAGGACGAAUUGCGGCUCAAAAGAAAUUAAUGGCAGCACAGGCUCAGUUAAGCCCUUCCACUAGCGCUGGGGCAGCAGAGUCUGUAGUGGAGACACGAACAACAGCCAUGCAAAUCACAAGGGAGCUGCUUCGAAACAAAGGCAUUGCUGGACUGUAUAAGGGACUUGGGGCUACAUUACUAAGGGAUGUACCAUUUUCCAUUGUUUAUUUCCCAUUGUUUGCAAACUUGAACAAACUGGGGCAGAAGAACCCUGAUGUCAAGGCUCCAUUCUAUGUGUCCUUCCUCUCUGGGUGCCUGGCAGGCAGCACAGCAGCUGUUGCAGUCAACCCUUGUGAUGUAAUCAAGACAAGGCUGCAGUCCUUACAGAGGGGAGUCAAUGAGGAUACAUACUCAGGGAUCACAGACUGUGCCAGGAAAAUCUGGAAGAACGAAGGUCCUACAGCAUUUUUCAAGGGGGCUUAUUGUAGAGCCCUGGUUAUCGCCCCGCUGUUUGGUAUUGCACAAGUUGUCUAUUUCAUUGGCAUUGCUGAAUUCAUCCUAGAUAUGAUUCCAAAACGGCGGGACUAACCCUCCAAGCCUCUCCCCAUCCAGUUGGAAUUCAUCGUAGUAUUCUGUGUCAUCGUGGUGUCAGAGCAACAGCACAAAGGGUUAAAGCAGUAACAGAUGGAAUGAAUGUUGUUUCCCAACAAAGUUCUUUUUCCUUUGGUCAACAUGGCCCCCACCAAUACCCUAUAGAGGAUACUUAAUUAUGCAUAUCUCCUUUUCAGUUAUCAGCCUCAGAUACAACAGUUAACAGAGACCUGUCUUUCAAGCCUGUUGCUUCUCUUGGCAGGGGUGAAGUAAGCCACCCGUGACCUCUCAAUUACCAACAAAUCAUGAAGGAGCAAAAGAACCUGCCUGCUUCCUCCCAUUUUGGCAUCAGGCCUCUAAAGGGAUCACACGUUUGCAAAGGGAGGCCUGAUUGUCAGGCAGGUAAUUGCUGAGAUCAAAAUCUUUGUCUUUAAGCAGUUCUCUUAAAUGUCUACAUCUAACAUCCCCUAAAAAUGUGCAGGACUUAAAUGAACUCUUCAGAUGCUGAAGGAAGAGGGGAAGGGAAAAGUGUGUCUUCUGUUGAGGUUUUAACAAAGGAACUGCCUUCCUAAAUGGGUGCUCCUGGGCAAUAUGUGUAUUCCCUGUAAUUAUGCUCUCAUUCUCAGAAAGAAGCAUUUUUGUGGGAACAAACUGAUUGUCUCAAAGACAUGACUUGAUGUAAGGUACAGGAGUGAGGAAAAAAAAUUAAUCAUUUGGCAUCACUUAAAAAAAAUUAUGCUGGAUAAAAAUCCAACUCGGUAAUACAUUCCUUUAAGUCUGCUUGGCUGAUGAUGGUAAUGCUGCUGUCAUAUCUAGUGUGUCAAUUGUAAGUGUCUUUUGACUUGUGCCUGAGAUGUGCAUUCCUCUCCUGUUUUUCUUUGCGAACACUGAUAUCCCAAACGGUGAAGAAAUGAUAAUCUGUUGAAGCUGUGAAUAAUGCAAAAUACUGUGUGGUACACAACAGCAUAGUGCAACUGCAAUUGUGAAGAUUAGUUGUCUUAAAUGUUUCCUGAUGUUUGAAGUCACAAAAGCAACAGAUCGGGUCCAAACUCCUGCCAUUGAGGAAAAUUUCUUGACGUGAGUCUUUCCUGCCUUUUACCCAGUAGCCCCCUAAACUUUCUAAAGCUGCUGCUAAAGCUGGAAAACCUCAAGAACAGUAUGUGCCACAUGGUGGGAAGGGAGUGCAGCAAGAAGGAGAAUUGGACAAAUCCCCUUCCCACAUCCAGGUGUGAGCUUGGGGCUGCUGCAGGAAAAGGAAGGCAGGAAAGAUCUGCUACCCAAACUGCAUCUGCUUACAGGAACUUGGAUCCUGUUCUUCACAUGUUAGCUGGCUUACCAGUUCUUUACUCUAGUCAGGUUAAUUACAUUUUAGAGUUGCCAAUUAGUUUUCUUACUCAGGUUAAAAUGGGCAGCUGGGCAUAUCUCACAUAGGUUUUUUUCCCCAAUAAGGCCACCUUAUAUUUGGUUUUCAUUGCCCCCCCCCCCAUAUCUAUUUUUUAUAGUAGCAUAAAAUGGUAAUUUAUGUUUGUUUAUGCUAUCUUCAGCCUAUUCCAAUCAGUUCUACUUUGGGCAUAUCUUGUGUUAGAAUUAUGUUGCUUGAAUUUCCAGCUUGACGGAGUUUUUAAAAAAAAGAUAUUUCACUUAAUGUUUUGAAAAAUCCUUUGUGCUGGGAAAACAAAUUUACUUUUUAGGACAAUGUGUUUUUAAGAGGUAUUUUACAUCAAAUUUGGAACUUACUUUCUUACUGCUUUGCUUCUGCAAGCUCUUUUAAAUGACAUUCUGUUUAUCCCAUUCCAAAGAAAGGAGUUUUUAUAUACGGUUCACUUCUCUAUUCACAACUGCCGUUUGUGAUGUUUUGAAUGUUAUUAAUGUCCAUGUCAUUCUUAUAUCCUCAGGACAGCAAUUAGAAAAAUCUUUUUUUUUAAUGUGACUCUCUUGCUUUCCUUUUCCAGGGUAUAUAAAUAUGUCCUGAAAAAUAUGAGGUUACUUUUUGCCUUUCAGAAGUUCCAAUUUUAAACUCUAAUCUGUUCUAGAAGGCUGUUGAGUAAGCGACUCACAAAUUAAUGGAGAAACAUGGCUAGGACUGCUGUAUCCUAGAUGACAAUUUGACUUGCUUUAUUUCUUGCUGAUAUUUUUAUCACUGUUGGGGCCUUGUUCACUUUAGCCUCUAAUCAGUUUUUCUAACUCAUUUUGCAAUGUCUGUCUCACCCACUUGGCCAGAUGCCACUUCUGAAGGAGAAAGGCCUUGAUUUAAGGCCCAGCUGCGACUACCACCACCAGAUUAGACAACAUUUUUUAGGUCAUUAGGACAUCGGAAAUUCCCUACCCAAGCCAGGAACCAGUUGCAAUUAUUCGUUUAGUAUUUGUUAAGCAGAAAUCAAAUGCAUCUGGUGUUUGAAGAAGCACAAUCUUCAGGGUUAAUUUAUGCACUUUAAAAAGAAAAACCUAGCUGAAACCUCAUUUUGAAGCAAGCCCUUUCCAGAAAUCUUUUUAAAGUUAUUUUGUUAGGGGAGGGGGAAUGAAAUAUAAAUGCAACACUAAAUAUAACCAUAAUCAUGCAUGUUGAUAUCUAUGGUUUGAAGCUUUAUUUUAAUUACAUGUGCACCUUUGCUAGGAUCAAAGCAAGGGUUUAUAAGAAAUACCAGUCUGAAGAAAAUCAUCUGUGCCUAAAAUAUGUCCAGAUCAAUAAUGUUGAAACAAUGUUUGCUGCAGCCUGCUUACUUACUAGUGUGGUUUCCUGCUAGGGUUUCCAGGUUCCUCCUUGUAACUGGCGGGAGGUUUAGAGAGAGGGUGGAGAUUGGUGCCCCCUGUGCGAUGACAUCACUUCCAGUUUAUACAGAAGCACUGGUAUUACACUGGGGGAACACUCUAACACUCUUCAGAAACUUCUGUUGUUUUCAUAGAGUUUGGGGAGAGAGCGCUAGAGCUUCUCCUCAUGCUAUGCUGAUGCUUUCACAUAAACUGGAAGUGGUAUGAUCAUCCAGGGAAUGCCAAUCACUCUCCUUCCCUUCUGCCAGCCUGCUUCCGCCCACUGACCAGCUGAGUGUUGGCAGGCAACAGAACAAAUCGGUAAGUGAUUUCCCACCGUUAGAGGGCAGUUGUCAACCCUAUUUCCUGCUGAGAGGUGGGUCAGAAGUAUUGCCAACGACUGAAUGGCAUAAAAUAAAAUAUUCCAAUUUUAUUCAGAUACAGUAAUAUUUCUCAGUCCUUGAUGCCUUCUGCCAGUUGAAAUGCUUGAUGUUGACAAGUUGUUAUUGCUGUAGUAGUAGGCUAUUUCUACACUGCCAACAUUAACUAGUUUCAAGUGAGCUUGAGUAACAAUUUUAACAGGGUUUGUAGCCAGACAGCUACAAAGUAUCUUGGGAAAUGUGGUUUUAUGUGAGCAUAGAGAAGCUGUAUUUGAGAUCCCUAAAGUUCACAAGGUUAAGGGGCCAUAAUUAGUUUACAUUUGUAGUACAGAAAUGCUCUAAAACUGAAGCAUCCUAAGUUACCCAGUUAUCAAAGGAUCUGCUGUACAAUCUGCAAACUGCAAUGGUUGUCUUUGUAAAUUCUAAGUCCUGUCAGAUUAUGAUCUGUGAAUGCUGGAGGUGUGAACUAGGAGAGGGGUGAUAAAUAUUGUAGCUUUUCUCAACCCUAAAUAAUAAGGACAUUAUUAGGCCCGGAGGGAGUUUCCAGUGCGGCUCGUGGUAUACAAUGUAGCUGCUUUCAGGUUUGCCUUUAUUAGAGCAAAAAGAAUGACUUAAAAUUGUCAUUGUUAUAUUCCAAAGCAUCAGCUCUUCAUAAUUCCUUUUAAAUUUGCUUUGCGUUGCCGAAUCUAAAUCACUUGACUAGAAAUGUGUAGCCAGAAUGAAGACUAACUGCAGCAGAGCCUUUCAUUUUUCUUGUAUCAGUUUCCUUUCUGUGUCCCUAUCCCAUCCAGUGCUGCUUCACAUGCAGAAAGCAGCAUGGAAGGUGUGUGCCCCGAACUGGUACAUAUUUGCAAGCAGAUUCUCAAGGGGAUUGGGAGGGGGGUUUACAGUGGUUUACAGUUAAAAAGCAGCAAACUGGGACACUUCCUCAUAGAGAGAACUGCUUGCUACCAGCAUAUGGCAGUGAACCUUUUUGUAAUGAGAACAAUAAACAAUCAAAGGGAAAUUGAUGUUAAUUUAAACUGCUGUGGAACUAGCAUUUUAGGUGAAAAAUUAUGGGCAGGGCCCCAGGAUAUCUGUAUGCCUAAUAUUGGCUACUAAUUAAAGUUGGACAUCCCAAUGCUGAUGGCUUUCAUUCAAGCUCAGGGAGCCUUGCAUUGUGAUUGUGCCUUGUACACAUCUAGCUGUUCUACUUCGAGCAUGCCACUGAUGUUAUGAACAAGAUCCCACACUAUUAUUUUGACUUCUUUUUGAAUAUCUACUAAGGUCUACUUUUGUCCUUGCAACCUACAAUCCCUGCUCAAAAUUAAGUACUUUUAUUGUGUUGACUAAAUCAUAGCAGACAACAAACAGAAUUAUAAAAUCACAACACAAAUGUUACAUUCCCAGCUAUAGUAUAAAAUUCACCAUAAUAACAAAGUUUUAUUGAUAGUUUCUUCCAUAGUAACGAACUACACCAUAGCAAAAAUUACUUCUCAUAAUACAACUACUUAUAAGUGGGACUUUCAUUAAGAGAUCCUAACUUUAUCCCAGGCUUAACAGCCAUGGCAAUAAAUCUUGUCAUUUGCAAUGUUAUAAACUUAUUUCUAUCUACCAGUAGUGUUGAUAGGUUUGUUCACAUCUGAUCUUCCAAACAGCUGUAACAAAAUAUUUCCAAGGUAUCUUUUUCAAUCCACUGUGAACCUCAGACACUAAAAGGUCACAUAGGCCAAAUCCUCAAUAGAUCUGUGGUCUCAAAAACAAAACUGAUUAAUAAAAUGGAGUCCUAUUAUAAAGCUGUCACAACUGAACAUUGUGAAAUGUCCAUUAAUUUAGUAAAUGUUUUUCUAAACUCAGAAAUCAGCAGAUCAUUAAAGUGUGCUAGAAAAGUUAAAGGGAAAGAAAGAAGUUGCUUGUAUAAAACAGCUAAUCUCAGGGUAGUAAGUAACCUGAAAUCUGAUUGAGCGCUUAUAUCCAAUAGUCUUUGUAAAUUAAAAGUCUGGUUAUAAAGGGAUCAAAACUCCUUAGUCCUCUGAAAAUCCUAAUUUAGCCACUAAAAACAAUAUCUGGGAGCUCCUAUGUUAGUUAUAGAUGCAUAUAGUUUCCUUCUCUUCAACUUUAUUGAUUGUUUGUACAAAAGUGCAGCUAAAUAAUGUCAAGGAAGCAACAUGCUCAUUUAAGUGUACAACUCUCUUAAUCAUUCCAUGUUAAUCCUCAAGAAAGUAGUUUUAGAUUACUGUAACUCAUUUACUAUUCAGGAUUUAGCUCUACCAGUUCAUUCUAGCACUAACCACUUUUUAGUUCAAGUUCUAGAUACUGAAUGGUACACAUUUCAUUAAAAAGGAUGUCGCAAUCUUUUUAAGUACAUUUUAAUAAAAAGUGGUAGUCCAAAUUCAGUUGGAGGAGCUGCAGUUUACAGCAUAUGGUUAACAUCUUCACAAAACCUCAUUUAUGUAAAUGUGUGCAAUUUUAUGAUGGGAAAAGAUGACCAUGUGACUUUACAAUGUCAUUAUGUUGCAAUGAUACAUUUCUCAUGAAUGUGUUCAAAUUUAUCUUGAACUGCAUUGCAAAGAAUCAUUUUUCAUCUUUUUGUAUCGUUGUCAUUUUCAUCAUGGUUAAAAAAAUCUGGCCAUAUGAAAAUGAUGGGAAUGUCACCGUGGUAAAAUUUCUCUAUUAUAAAUUGUUGUAUAAACUCUCAUGAACCUAGAAUCAUGACCCAGCCAUAUUUCAGCAGAUGUUUUUGCCCCAGGCAAGAGAUCUGUACAGAAUUUAAUGCUAGAGGUUCAAAACCCAGCCACUCAGAACUAAGUCAAAACUACCUCUACUGUACGUAACAAAUUUUAUCUUAAUUUAUCACUAACAUUUUAAUGCAAUAGCUAAUAAAACAACCUAAGAAAUGUAUUGAAUACUAUCUUGCCUCUUAUCAAUCACAUUGUCCUCUUGAAUUCUGAUUAUGGCAAAUAAGAGAUUUCAUUAGCUGCUAAUUGUCAUUAGGAUAAUAUAUUGAGAGAAGUGGCCAGUUAAGACCUAUUUUAUUAGAAUUUUUCAUCUGAAUAGAUCUUAUGAAUCUCCAAUCGAUUUAAUAGGCAGUGGUUUAACAGAAAUACAUUUCUCCCUAUGGAUGAAUUUUCUACUUUGCAGUAUUCUCAUACAUAUUUUAUUUCUAAAAGAAAUGAUUUUAUUUCUAAAAGAAAAGCUAAUUCCUGCUUUUCACAAAAAUUAUUUCUAGUCUGUAAUUUAUAUUUUCAGAAGAGAACUCUUUUGAAGAUGUCAUAUGUACAAAGUUAUGUUUCCUUUGUAAAAUGUGCAUUGCACAACUAAAAAUAACAGGUUCUUUCUUGAAACUGCGGGGGCCUGCACUGCCUGUCUGAUGAAUCUGUGGGACCUGCUUGGUUUUGUGAUACAAGCCUUUCCCUCAGUUACAAGGUGUUCUUAGAGUCACAAGCUUAAAAGCUUUGGGUCACUGCUUUUAGAUAAAUUUUGUAUUGAGCAUGAAAAGUAGAGAAAUCACUGAAGCAGGAGGUUUAAUAAAACAGAGAACAAGUUAUGUGGUAAAUUGGUUUGUUCAUCACCAGAGACAAGCCUCACAACUCUGACCUCUCUAAGCUGUAAAGUUAAACCACUCUGCCAGUCUGUCAGGCAGAACUACAUCCCAAAUUGACUGUUUCUUUGCUGAGACUCUUCCCCUCUUUUGUCUGUACUCUCCUUUAUGCAGCCCUCAGGUCUCUGUUCCUGUGCUGCUUUUUUCCCCCUCCAUCCCCUGCUCUGGAAGGUGAUUGGAUGUGAAAGCAGUGCUUGCAUAGGCUCAGGUGUGAAAACAGCUGAGUCACUGUUUUACCACUUUGGCAGGAGAGGCUCCUGUCUGCUGUAGUGACCCUAAGCCAGCAGUGGCGAACCUAUGGCACGGGUGCCAGAGGUGGCACUCAGAGCCCUUUCUGUGGGCACAUGUGCACAGAGUUUGUUGGGGGGGCA